CACCACCACUGCCUUAUAAAAUGCAUGUUCACAGCUUGCGAGCACUGAGAAGCUCAGGAAGUCGAGACUCCAUACCUUAGGCAUUCAACGACCAGAAACAAAAGGAUUGACAACGUUUGUUGUUCACGUAAAGGCUUUUCGCUCUUUUUUAAGUUUAGUUGGAUCCUAUCUUUUGGUUCGAAAAGCAGAACGAAAAUGCGUCUUAUCCAGAAUAUGUCCACCAUUGCCGAGUGCGCAACCCCGGAAUACACGCUUGCAAGCCGGGCUAUUAAGAUUGCAGUCAUAGGAGGAAGCGGAGUCGGCAAAACAGCGCUGGUGGUGAGGUUCCUGACAAGGCGCUUCAUUGGAGACUAUGAGAGAAAUGCUGGCAACCUGUACUCCAGAGAGGUCCAGGUGGAUGGAGACCAAGUCAGCCUCCAGGUUCAGGACACCCCAGGCGCUGAGCUGGCCGACAAUGGCAUCAUCAUUCCCGAUCAUGUGACCUGCUCCAUCCAGUGGGCCGACGCCGUGGUGCUGGUGUUCUCUGUAACUGACCGCCGCAGCUUCGACUUGAUAUCCCAGCUGCACCAUCUGGUGGCCCACACCUCCACUGGUAGAGGAGGCACCAGCACGCUACCCGUCAUCCUGCUGGCUAACAAGGUCGACCUGCUGCACCUGAGGCGUGUGGACCCACAGCAGGGUCCCUUGCUGGCUGCCACUCUGGGCUGUGCCUUCUAUGAGGUGUCGGCCAGUGAGGACUACAGCCAGGUACACGGCGCUUUCCACCGACUGUGCUGCCAGAUCGCCAAACAGCCGCUUCCUGCCCCACCGCCCGUCCAAAGUGCCCCUGCCGAGAAGCGGCGCUCGCCACUCAUCCCCAGACCAAAGUCACCCAACAUGCAGGACCUGAAGAGGCGCUUCAAGCAGGCGCUGUCAGCCAAGGUCAGGACUGUAACCUCUGUGUGACGAGGUGGACAGCGGGGGGUCGGAACUACAGGUGGUCCACAGUAACAGUGGAAUUUUUGAAGCUUCUCACAUGAAGUCCUGUGCUGGCAGAGAUGAGGUAGAGGUGAGGUGGUGAGGUGUCACAUCCCGCAGCAACAAGAAGGCUUAGCAGGUGUUGAGGACACACACACAAACACACCAUAAAAGAAGACAUUCUUUUAUUUUGUUGUCUUCAAUGGUGGUGCUACCACACAUGAGGGGACAUGAUGGAGAUGGGAGGUGUAGUAUGGCAGCGUUAUCACUGAUGCACUUUAAACAGGAAGUAACCGAGGGGCCUGUUGUUAUUUAUUAUUUGUUGCCAAUUCACAUGGUUUGUGUUCACAAUAAAAUGAUGAA